AUGUCGAACGAAAUCGUAGGCACGCUCAAGAUUGACCAUGGCGUCGAUCCGAGCGGAUCUCUCAUCUGCACUGUCCCUGUGCGAGUACCAUCUGCGAAGAUGGCCCCAGACCUCUCGCUCUCAUACCACUCCGCUGCAAACUAUGCAUCUGCUAUUGGCAUGGGUUGGGUGCUUAAGGGCGUGUCGUACGUCGAACGCGUCCAAGCGACGAUUGCUCAGGAUGGUUAUCGAGGCGUCAUCAAUUACGAUAACAAGGACUGUUUCUCCUUGAACGGUCAACGGCUCAUCAACAUCGGCGGUAACGAAUAUCGUUAUGAACUCGAGCAAUGGUCCAAAGUCGUUGCGCAAGGAAGCGACCCUUCGAAUCCCGAUUCGUGGAUCGAGUACUUACCCAAUGGCUCUCGCCGAACUUACGGUGCCUCGACUGAUUCCAACAUCAAAGCAAUAGGCAAGGGAGCGACCCGUGUAUGGGCUGCCACGGAGUUCACCGACGCCUUCUCGAACUACGUUUCAUACUCCUAUGACAGUGAUACGGCCCUGGCUUCCAGUUCUGGAGCCUUCUAUAUCGCCGAGAUCUCCUACGGCGGCAAUCGCAACCUCAACAUGGCUCAUCAGCGCGUCAUCAAGUUCAACUACGAGACGCGAUCUGACGUGCGCAUCAAGUACGUCGGGGGAGCGAAGGUAGCUACGGAUCAACGCCUGGUCUCAAUCGACGCGAAAGUCAACGGGAAACUUAUCCAUACGCACAAACUGACAUAUGACCAAGCGCCAUCCACGGGAGGGAGUAGAUUGAUUCAAGUGACCCUUGUGGAUGCGGAGACGGGUGCUAGCGUUCGGCCGCUGAAGUUCUCUUGGGUCAAUGGUAAUCCAGCGAUAUUCGACGGUGUUAAGGCCCCCGUGGAGCUCAACCCCAACGAUAGUAACGCGCAGAUAUUCCCUUUGGAUGUUUCGGCGAAGGGGAAAAGCGAUCUUGUCAUCGCGGCCAGGCGCCUGGUCAACAACGCCCCACAGCUUCACCUCGCUGUCCAUGAGACGGAUGCUAACGGCACCAUAUCCACUACUCCGAGCUCAGAGUUCCAAGACGGGAUUGGUUAUCCUACACAGCUGAUUCCCAUAGAUAUCAAUGGUGAUGGCCGAAAUGAUUUCUUGCACAUCUUCAAGUCGUUGGAUUCGUAUACCCUUACGGUUUUGAUGUCGACGUCAGGAGGCUACAAGACGCAGCAAGGUUAUUUGUUUAAACCUGAGUACAUAGGAGGCUACUUCUACGCUGGGGAUUUCGAGGGGAAUGGUCAUAUUGGCCUCGUCUACAUAUAUCAAGUUCUCAAAUCCGGGACGCCGCAAAUUAGAUUUAUACAGUUUACAUCAGAUGACAGCGCCACCUUUACGCCUAAGGCCCCCGUCGAUGGACCGCUUGGUGCUUCUGUGGAUUCUGUAAAGGUAGUCGUCGGUGAUCUGAACGGUAACCACGCCGAGGAUGUGUUCCUCAUGUCGUCCAAGCUCAUCGAUAAUAACACAAUUGUAAAUAUCGACCUCCUCGAAUCCCAGGAUGGAAACCUCGUUUACAGGAGCGACCAACCCCUUGCUGAUGCAGGCAAGACCAUCACUUGGCUAUCCACCAUCUCGUUCCUACCAUUCGGCGCAGACGAAGAUGGCAAAACAAGUUUACUGGUCGCCACCAAGAACCUGUCUGGAAACUUGCAGGUACAAAUGCUUCGAAGCACAGGCCCUUCGCUUCUACCACCCACUGCGCCUAUCGUGACCGACAUCGCCUACAGCGGAAAUCUAACACUCGCUAGGACCACCACGCCAUUCGCUGUCGAUCUCGUCAACACGUUCGCCACAGUAGGCGGAUCCACUAAUGUAGACGUCCUCCGGUUCGCCAACGACAGCUUCGUCAAAGUCGUUGGUGUAACUCAGCCUGGGGUGCACUCCUCUAUCGUGUCAUGGGCGGAUCUUCGUGGAAUAGGCAGAGCGGACUGUGUUCUUUCGAGCCUGGAUUUCUCGGGUAAACUGAGCAUCGCGGCCAUGCCCUGUUCGACGCUCCAGCCUAUCGACUAUAUCACUGGUUACGAGAACGGGCUUGGCGCGAAGGUCAGCGUUACAUACGCACCACUCAGCGAUCGCACUACGUACACUACAGACGCGACUUCUCGGUUGAGCGCAAUUGGGAUCGGGUCCCCACUGCCAGCCGUCAAUGGACUGGCUCGUAAUGUCUCGUUCACGGCAACACUCAACUCGACUUCCGCUAUCUCGCCCGUGGCUGCUCAAGCGCGAUCUCAGAUCGUCUACUUCCCUUCCUACGUCGUCAAGCAACUUGCUCAUGCGCCAUACGCUGCGAAACCCAGUCUUGUUGACGAGACGGUAUACACCUACAAAAAUGCUCGUUACUCCUAUGAUGGGCGUGGCUGGCAGGGGUUCGAAAGCGUAGACAAGAUCAGCAGGAGUUUGGGUUCACAAGUGACUACGGCGUACUACCAGGACUUCCCUCUUCUCGGCCAGAUAAAGUCAGUGACAUGCGUCCUGGCGAAUACAAGCACCCUAUUGCAAACCACCACGAACUCCUGGAAACCCGUUGCCGGCAAUGGGGGUAAGAACCAAUAUAUUGCUCUGUCCGCGGUCAAGGAAAGCUUUUACGAGGGAGGAGUCCCUACUUACGAUGUCAAUGUUUCGUACGAGAAUGACGCGUAUGGGAACAUAACGACUACGACCAUUCAGACGCAGAACACCAAAUCCCCCCUCAUCAUCCUCUCAGAGUAUGCGAACGACACCUCUUCGUGGGUCCUCGGUAACAAGACAAUUGAUAUCGUCAAGCAAGCAGGGGAUACCCUGAAGCAGACGAAAUACUCCUACCAUCCUGGAACAUCUGUAGUCACGAAGAAUAGCCAAUGGGUCCAGGGUGACGAUUGGUCCACCCAAACUGCAGACCUCGACGCUGCUGGGAACGAAAUUACCAUCCACGGACCAGGACCAGCACUCCGUAGGUUGUCUUACGACUCCACGUACUCGCACUGCACAUCUUCCACUGUCUACACCUCCGCUACCGACAGCCUAACCGAAUCUGCCACGUACGAUCUUGCCUUCGAACAGCCUAUCACAACCACGACGCCGAACGGAGAAGUGACGAGCGUCAAGUACGAUGUGCUAGGGCGGAUGAUAGAGACAAGCCUAGGAGGCAUCGUCGUCACCAAGCAAUCGUACGAGGUGGCUGGGAAUGACUUCCGAAAAGUCGAAUAUGGGCUUCUCGACCCAUUGCAACAGACGAUGUAUAAGACCGUGAGCCACAUUGAUGGGAUGAACAGGGCGUGGAAGACGGAAAGACCAAGGCCAGACAAUCCGAACACGCUUAUUUUCUCAGAGAUGGAGUAUGAUGGGGCCGGUCGUCUCGUACGUAGCAGCCGCGACUACUUCUCGGGAAGCACGCCAACAUAUUCUACCACAACUUACGAUGCGUUGUCUCGAGUCAUCAAGAGAACCAACCCAGCAGCUAGUUCGGAUGUAGCGCCUCUCACUGUGACGUAUGAGUAUUCCUUCUCUGGCGGAAGUACCAAGGUUACCCAGACACGCUCUGAUGGGCAAUCCCCCAACGAUGCAAUCACUACCCAAUAUGUUCAAGCUCUACCAAAUCCCCAGCCUUCUUCGCAAAACCUCGUGCGGAAUUUUGUUGUGAAGGUCGUAGAUGAAGUAGGAAAUCCUGUCGAUACGGCUUACGAUGGUUUGGGACGACCUAUCGCCGUUUCUGACGCAGGAGGAGUAGAGCUCGCUGUUCAGUGGGACGGUACAUCCCGGAUCACAGAAAAGAAGAUAUCACAACCAGUUGGAGGUACACCGAAGCUCAUUUUACAUACAUCAUCCGUAUACGAGGACGACAUAUGCCAGAUGACGGCGAUCAACAAUCUUGCAGGGACUACGUCAAUCAUGAAACUGGAUUGGGUCCAGCGUCCACUUGAGAAGAAGACUGCAGACGAGACGCUCACGUUCACAUACGAUGUUGGUGGUCAUUACCCGAAGGAACGUCUUGUAUCUGUUUCGUCCUCGAAGAACAUCCAGCGUACUUACGACUACGACAUUCAUGGCCAUCUUACCUCCGACACGCUCACUAUUGACGGGGAGUCCUACGCAUCUAGUUACACUUGGUCGCUAUCGGGCGCGCUGCUGCAGAUGACCAAUCCUGACGGUAGUGUCGUCAACCGUGCACUGCUCACUGAUGGAAAAUCUAUCAGUAAUAUCGAGCUCCUCGAUGCAAGCGGCAGCAAGCGCGCUUCGGUGGCGCUGGACGACUAUAGUGACGUAUUCUCUCGACCACUCAAAUGCACAUUUGGGAACGGCAUCGUUGCGACUUCGGCGCUGGCUGAUAAUGGCACUGUCGCUUCGCUCUCCCUUGCCAAGGGUGGCUCUUCACUCCACUCUCAAUCAUGGAAGAUAGAUGCCUUCAGCCGUAUUCGCCAACACGAUGUCAAGUCCGGAUCGCUCGACCUAGGCAGUGGAAAUAGUUCAUACGCUUAUAACUCCGCCGGCCAGCUUACUAGUCGUUCCCUUGCUACUACCUCGAGCGAUGCGCAGCCUGUUGAAGCAUUUUCAUACGACCAAAGUGGGAAUCUCACGCAGAUAGGGGAAUCAUUGUUUGUGAAUAACGGCUGGCAACUCUCCGAAAUACGCGACCAGUCUGGGGCCACUCAGUUCAGCUUCAAAUACUCCGAUGAUGGCAAAAUGACCGCAAAGCUGGACGCCUCAGGGAAGGAAACACGGGUCAUGAAAUACGACUCAGAAGGGCGACUCUCAGAAGUCGAUGGAAGUACGUUUGUGUAUGACUUCUCGAGCCGACUCAUCAAGGCGACACUCCCGAACGGAGACGUCACGAUCUAUCCAACUCAGUCCUAUGAGGUUGACAUUCCGUCCUGUGGAGAGGCGGUACAUACCUCAUAUAUCGUUCAAGGCUACAGACGUGCUGCUUUCAAGUCGUCGAGCGAAUCGUUUUCUGUCAAUUACUUCCACACCGAUCAUCUGGGAAGCAUCACCGCCGUCUCCGACGAAUCUGGGGACAUAAUCACGCAAUACGACUACGACCCUUAUGGACAAGUCAGCAUUAUCAAAGGCGCAGAUGUUUCGCGGUACAAGUUUUCGGGCAAAGAGAAGUUUGGUGACUUGUAUUACUUCGGAGCAAGGUUUUAUGACCCAGAAAUUGGUCGAUUCCUGACGAUAGAUAACUAUCCAUUAUCAAUGGAAGGGAUCAAGCCUUCGACGUUCAAUAUGUAUCUGUUCUCACGCAAUGACCCCAUAAAUUUCAUCGAUCUCAAUGGCAACGUACCUUGGUGGCACUGGCUGGUCGACGCGGUUCUUGUUGCGGUUGGAAUCGCGUGCUUGUUCAUACCAGUGGUCGGGUCAAUCAUCGGCGGCGCCUUAAUUGGAGCAGGCGUGAAUGGAUUCGGCUACGACAUCCAGGCGUCCAUAUCCGGGGAGAACAAUGAUAAAGAUUGGGGAAUACAGCUUGGAAUUGGAGCUGCGAUAGGCGCUAUUGGCGGCGCGGCGUCAGGAAUCCUUGAUGCUACGCUGCCUGCUGCUUCUUUCGCGAAUCUCGCUGGCGCAACUGGCGCGAACGGAGCAAAGAUCGUGGGCACGUUUGUUCUCAGGACGACCAUCCGGAUGGGCAUACAGACAGCCCUAGGCAGUGGGCUCAGUGCUUUGGGGACGGUCAUGGAGAACGCAAUAUAUGGUCGUCCUUUAGGUGAAGGUGUCGCUCAGUCUGCAGCGACUGGUGCUUGGCAAGGUGCCGUUGCCUCUGCCUUCGACUUCGGUAUUGGGCUCAAGGGUGAAAAGACAGCAGUCAACAAGUUCUGGCAACAGAAAGGCAGCUACAACGUUACUCCUGUUGCCAAAGUCGCGACCAAAUUCAACCCCACCAAACUUCUCAUCGAGCUUGGAACCAACCUUGUCGGUCCAGCUGUGGACAUAGCCACCGGAGUAGCGGCAUCUGAGAUCGACAGAUCGAAAGAGUCGCAGGACAAUCAGAGCGCACAAAGCGCUGCUCCCGGCCAGGUCAGCAUAAUGGCUGGGUCUCAAAUCCCCUUCCCUAGAUUCCUCCCUAUCGAGAACGUGAGCUUCUUAUAG